AUGUCCUCGUUACACGAUACGUUGGAAGCGAUUCGGCGGGUAGGUGUUUUUCCCGAAGGUGCGGAAGAGAUACCGGGUGUUGCGGUCCAACCUGGUUUUGCGGUCCAACCGGGUGUUGCGGUCCACGACUUUGGAGCCGUGGAUAAUAUCAGGCCUCCGAGGGAGAUGGGCGAGGCGAGCCGCGAUAUACGAUCUCUCUUUGAGAAAGGUUCUGGGCAGGACAUCACACGCUCUCCUUUGGGAUCCAAAGCGUGGGAUAUCGAUGUGAAUUACAGCCAAAACUGCCUGGCUGUGUCCAGUGAGUAUACAUGUGGCAUGACAAAGAGCCACAAGCCAUCUGUUGCCCCAUUGGGAGUAGAUCCCUCGAGUACGAAGAGUCCUGGAAAGCUUCCCGAGGACGGCUACAUUGAAGCAAUAGCAGCAGCGGCUCAGUUGUUGGAGGCUGGGCCGGAAAGUGCGAUGAAGGAUUCCCUCUUCUCCUAUUAUACGCCUAGUGGACACCAUGCGAGUAUUGGGAAGAGAAAGAAUCACAUGCGUGGGGCGGAUUGGCUGAUUUCAGUUGGAAAAUCGAAGGUCAGCGAGGAGCUCCCCUAG